CGAAUGAGAAAGUAGCUUCAGGUCGAUCUAAAUGCUUCAAGUCCUCCGCAGCACGAGGAUCCGUCAUGCAGUCCAGUGCGUCGCUAUGACCUCUCCUUAUUUCAGGCACAACGGGUCCGUCAUUACGCGCAGUGGUGACCAAAAUGCUGCGACCUCUCUGCGGUCUAAACUUACCAGCAGCCGGAGCAAUGCGGGUCCAGUUUCCUCUGUGGCUGUAAAGGUGGAGGAAAAGGAGGAGGAGGAGGAGGCGAAGAUCGUUGAGCAAAGACCCUCCUCGGCUCCCUUACUAACGGGCGGCUGCCAACCUGAAAGAGAAACUUCCCCAUCGCCUUCCCGCUCAAAGACACAGCUCAAAGUGGAAUAUGACAAGGAUGAAGGUGCAGAACACUGGGAACCUCCCAACUGGGAGAAGCAAUGGAGAUACGUUCGUGAGAUGAGGAGCGGCCGUGAUGCACCUGUAGAUAACAUGGGAGCAGAGAAAUGCUACGACUCGCAGGCUCCUCCACGUGUGAGACGUUUCCAGGUGUUGGUUUCCCUCAUGCUGUCCAGUCAGACCAAGGACCAGGUGACAGCGGGAGCCAUGAAGAAGCUUCGAGCUCAUGGCUGCACCGUAGAAAAUAUACUGGCUACUGAUGAUGAAGCCCUGGGAAAACUCAUCUACCCUGUCGGCUUCUGGAGGACUAAGGUGAAGUAUCUGAAGCGGACGUCGGCCAUGCUGCAGAAAGACUUUGCAGGGGACAUCCCAGACAGCGUGCAGGGGCUGAUCGGCCUGCCAGGAAUUGGACCCAAGAUGGCUCACUUGGCUAUGGACAUCGCCUGGGACCAGGUGUCGGGCAUCGGCGUGGACACACAUGUGCACCGUAUCUCCAAUCGUCUGGGCUGGCUCAAGAAACCCACCAAGAACGCAGAGGAAACACGCAAGGCCCUGGAGGAGUGGCUGCCCAGGGAGCUGUGGAGCGAGAUCAACUGGCUGCUCGUGGGUUUUGGUCAGCAGGUUUGUCUUCCGGUUAACCCUCUCUGCUCCGUGUGUCUGAACCAGUACAGCUGCCCAUCCGCCCACCAGACCUCUCCCACAAAGAGGCCUAAAGCCGGAUCCCCACUGGCUCCCAAUCCAACCUCCUCCUUAACAACAAAAACUGAACAACCCGCUCUUAAACAUGAGAGGACAAAGACGGAGCCACUCGGCAAUCCUGUUUCCCCCAAAGCCAAGAGGAGCUUAAGAAAAUAAGAUGCUUAUGGUUGACGCAUACGUUUUAGUCUGAACAAAGAUACCAUGUGUAUGAAUGUAUAUAUCCCUGAGUUUAAAGGUUCAGAAUUGACAUUUUGUCAAUAUUUGAGGGUUUUUUACACUGUAGCUCUGCUGUAAGAUAUAAUAAGAUUAUAUAUUUUGUACUGUUGGUGCUUUAUUUUUUAUUACAAGUAAUACAAUAAAUGUUGAACGAUGUUUAAAAAUGGUUCUUUAUUAUGGCAGAGAGAGUUUUCCUGAUGCAACAACAGUGAAAGCACUAAAUAUACAACAUGCCGAUAGACUAAGAGACACUACAUUGUCUCAAUUCCUUAUUCAUGACAGCUGGAGUUGAUGCUGAUUGUAUUCAUCGAUUAAGUUACUUGGCUGCUCACUAUCUUGCUUGACACACUGCAGUAGACACAUGUACACCGUGUUGUGUGUUAAAUGGAUAUUUGAAAUAUAAGAUUACAGCAGUCUUCCCUUAAAUAUCAAUAAAACACACCCUCCUACCUGUC